GGCAAGGCUCGAGCCCACAAACUGCGGGAUCAUGACCUGAACCAAAGUUGGACGCUUAACUGACUGAGCCACCCAGGUGCCGCUGAAUGUCGCCUCCUUUUAACUAUUCCCACACAGGGUGACACGGGGACGGGAAAGUAAAGGCAUGUAGCUCUCCCCCGAGUGUGGAGGUUGGUCUGCAGUAGCUGAGAGGGGCAAAGGCUCUCCUGCUGGAUGUGGCUCUCCUGCUUGGAGCCAGGCCCCGAGCUUCUCAGUUUCCUCAUUAAAAGGAGCCAAAGCAUCCCUGCCUGGGUGCUCUCCCUCUCAGGGCUGUUGCAAGAUGAGAUCAGGGAUGUGAAAUGAAGAAGGAUCCCAGCUUGGCUUGGGCCCCAGGAAAUAGUCUUGCGGGGGUGGGCACAGAGAUGAGGAAUUUAGCAGAAGCAACGUUCUCAGGAGGAGAAUCCAGAACUGGCCUUUGGGGGUGGCACUGGUGGGUGUGGUAAGCACCAUGCUGGGGUGCCAGGGAGUGGGUGGGGGGUGACGAACAGCCUCCUGGGCGUGGAGGUGUGUCUGGUUUUACCCACUACUGGAUCCUUAGCACUUGGGAAUGGCUGGCUCAGAGAAGGGCCAAAUAAAAGUUUUUUGAAUGGGUAAAUGAGUGAUGUUAAGUGUAUAUACAGAGGAGAGAACAGGUAGGAAUAGCCUUGGUGGUCAUGAUGGGUGCUGGGGACAUGGAUGGACAGGAGGGUGUCCGAUCCUCUUCCUUCCUGGCCACCCCAGCUCUCCUUGUUCAGCCUCCACGGGCCCAAUGCUCUCCCCAGCUGGAGCAGCCCAGGCCUCCCUGGCAGAUUCCAGAGGCCCCACCCUGGUUCCCAGCCUUCCGAGGCCCCCCUCCCCACCGGGCUCCUGAGGGUGCGGGCCACAGACCCCCUUCCGGGCCUGGUAGAUAUGCUGCGGGUGCCAGGCAUGACCUGCAGGCCUGAGCCAGCAUUUCCGCCCCCUUGUCUGCCCUAGCCCAGGCCUCCUUCACCCUAGGCAAAGUAACAGGUAGACUAGAGAGGCGUGGUCUCCAGGGUUCCUUCACUCUGACGUCCAGAGGUCUGCGAGAAGCUGAGGACCAACCCACAAUCACUAUCUUUCAGAGAAAGUGAAACCUGGUCCCCAACCGUCACCACGGCGACUCCCCCACCCUGGCUUCCCCUCUGAGCUCACAGCUUCCCCAUCUCCUCCGCCCCCCACACCAUCCCUCAACAGCUAGUACUUGGAAUUAGACUUUCAGCUUUCUUUUUUCCUUCAAAGGACUUUUGCCUUUUAUGUCCAUGACAGCAGCAGCUCUGUGAGCCUGAGCCAGGAAAUACUGUUUGAACCCUCCUUUUACAGGUGGGGCCUCUGAGGCCCAGAGAGGUUAAAUGACUUGCCUCUGGUCACACAGUAUGUCAGCCCGCUUGAGCCCUAACCUCCUGUUUCUCUUGCUUUAAGCACCUGUUUUCCCCCAGAAGACCCUGUCUGUAAAGAAAGGGACUAGGUGUGGGCAAUGGGCCUGGGAUAAAGAAGGUUUGUUGCAAGGGGUUUGCAUGAUGGGAGAAAGGAGAUGGCUGGGAGCCCCACUGGAGGAUGCAGGUCCUGGGGCCAGAACCACAAUCUCGGGGCUGCCAGCCUGGGUCUGGCUCUGUGCCCAGAGCCCGGUGGUUUCCGCUCACAGAUGUCCCAACAGCCCCAGCAGGAGGGCGGGAAGGGCACUCAAGAAGGAAGAUGUCUCGCUCCCCUCAGUCCCAAACCACAGUGGCUGCUGAGGCUGAUGGCUCCUGGGCCUGCGGGCCCUCUGAGGCCCCAGUUGGCACACUCUCCCCUCUAUCCUGGGCACAGCUCCCUGCACAUGGCUCGGACCCCCAUGUUCCCUACUCGCCCCAGGAAGGCUGGGGCUGCGGUUUGCAUCAUCCUUGGGCGUGGGGCUGACCUCGAAGAACGAAUUCGAAGAAAACAGGAGGAGGAGCAGGCAUGCCACCGCACCCAGCGCCCAUUGGCCGCCCGUGGAAACUUUGGUUUUUGGGGUCAUGUUCCCAGAAGGCCUGCCCCUCCCCCCCCUCCGCUCCCCACCCACCUCACGAGGUGUUGGCCAAUCGCCCUGGCGGGCAUAAAGUGGCUGCUAGCCCGCAGGGCUCCCAGCCAGGAGGUGUCACCCCCAGCAGGCGCCGGCCGGAGCUCGGGCACCCAGCAUGCGGGCACAGCUUAUGCGGAGGACGCUGCUCAGUAAGUACUUCCUUCCUCUCCACCAGUACCCACUUGCUGUGCCCCUGGGCACCAGCGGGGAGCAGAGGCACCUUCUGUCUUUUGGGAGCUGGAAAGGCUGGGCACCAGAAGGAUGCUGAGAAGGGGGGAGAGCUGGGAGGUCAGGCAAAGCAAGUGGUCCACUGAGAACACAGCAUCUUUACAAGGUAGAGAAGGACUAUCCCCAGAAGGCUUCUAAAGGGGAGGUGAUGUAGAGGCAGCUCUGGGAACAAGAGAGUGAGGGAAGGGGAUAGAUUGAGGGGAGAAGCCAGAGAAGCAGAGGGGAGGUGAGAGACGUGCUGGAUAGAGUAGGAAGCUGCAGAAGCCAAGAGGAAAACAGUGUGAUGUCUGGAGGGGUGAUGAGGCCUCCUUCUUGCCCUGAUUUGCAGGGUCUGGAAUGGAUACACACAGCCAGCCAGGCCCAGGGACCCUGGAACCCACACAAUCACACAGCACACAUAGCCACACCCACAGGAUGACGCGCACACAGAGCCGUGUGAUGUCAUUCAGAGCCCUCAAUCUCACCAACUUGGGAACCCCCACAUGCAGCCUGGGCCCCCACGGUGGACAGGGCACAACGUUUGUUUGUGGCCAGCUCCUUCCUUUCACCUCACACAGACCUGGACACACGCCCAUGAAGACACCCUAGCCCCACGUGCAUGUGGUGCUCACACAGACUCCCCUGCCCAAGCCCAGCAGCAGAUACCUGAGGAGGUGGCGAGGAGUGCCCUGUGGUCGCCGUGCCUGGGUGGCCAGCCCCUCAUGCUUCCCCAGGAGCUGAACGGUUCUUAGGAAGGGAACAUGGUGUCACUGCCUUCCGGGCCAUUGCGCCACAGGCCCCUUCCGACCACAUGGCUGCCGGUGCCUGGGGGGUGGGUGUGGGGAGGUUGGCCGGCAGUAAGUAUGCUCUUCCCACCCCGAACAUUCUGGCUCACGGCGUAUCUGGUGGGCCUGACAGAUGUGGGACAUGAAGGGAGAGAAGAGGAGGGUGCAAGAGGUUGAGGACAAUGCUGGCCUUGUGUGACCCGGGUCUGGUCCUUGGACUCCUGUUCCUGAGUAUGCCGGCCAUGGGCAGCUGUUUGGACAACUACCAAGAGCUCCUUGGGCAGCUCCAGAAGCAGGCGGACUUCAUGCAGCACACCAGCAUGCUCCUGGACCCCUAUAUCAGCAUCCAAGGCCUGGACAAGGAUGGUCUGAAGAAGCACUGUCGGGAGCGCCCCGGGGUCUUCCCCAGCAAAGAUGCCCUGCAGCGGCUCAGCAGGCAGGAAUUUCUGCAGAUCCUUAACACCACACUGGGCCACGUUCUGCACAGACUGAGAACUUUACAGAAGGACAUCCCCAAAGCCCAGGACUUAGAGAAGCUAAAUAUAGCAAAGUUAAACAUUCGCGGGUUCAAGAACAAUAUCCACUGCAUGGCCCAGCUGCUUCCAGGCUCCUUGGAGAAGACUGAGCCCACUCCGACAGGCCCAGGGGCUUCUCCGUCACCCACCCCCAUCUCAGACGCCUUUCAGCGCAGGCUGGAGGGCUGCAGGUUCCUGCAUGGCUACCACCGCUUCAUGCACUCAGUGGGUCAGGUAUUCCGAGAGUGGGGGCAGAGCCCGAGUCGGAGCCGGAGACACAGCCCCCGCCGGGGCCUGCGGAAGGGGAAGCACAGGACGCAUCUCUCCAGCAGGAACAAAAGACUCAUUCCCAGAGGGUGGUUGCCCCGGUAGCCUUAGGGGUACCCCUGACAGAUAAAGGACUCACAGGUAUUCUGUAGGAUGGCCCAUCCCUGCCGGCCUCCAAACCUGCUCUCCUCUGUCCCCCCCCCCCCAGAAGCGCACUUUAAGGGGUGGGAGCCAAGCAGGCCCCUCUACCUCCUCCAGGCGGGGAGGGUAGGGUUAGACCAUUUAACCCCCAGCCCUGAGUUCCCCAGUCUCGGUGGGAUGGCCAGGUCAGGCCACGCGGGGCUAACUUUCCAUUGAUUCAGGGGUCUGAUGACACAGGCUGACUCAUGGCCAGACUGACUGCCCCCCCUGCUCUGCUCCCCAGAGGCCUGUCGGCCCUUCCCUCUCAUGACUUGCAGGGCUGUUGACCCCAGACUUCCUCCUUUCCAUGGAGGCAUGGUUCCGAGGGGGAGGUCAGGGCCUGAGCUAGCCUCUUAUGCCUCAUUGACAGUCUCAGGCCAGACACCUGGACAUCUGGGUGACCUCAUUUUAGGCAGCUGUGACACAGGCAGAGUGUCCUAGAAGGAGUGCUGAUCGGGGUAGGGUGUCUAAAAGUGGGGCUCAAAGGCCAGCUCAACCCCUCUCACUGUGUAGCCUCGGGAAGACCACCUUACCUCUCUGGACUUCAGUUUUCUUUUUGUGAUUCAAGAGAGUUGGGACCGUGUAAAGCCCUCUCUGCUUGCCAGUAGCUGGGAUUCUAUGGCAUACAGUGGAUAUCAAAUGCAGUGCAAAUGGACAUGGAGUAAAGACCUAGUGUCUGGAAGUACCCAGUCUUGGGUCCUGGCUGCUGGCUCCUCCCCCUGGUGGUGCAUCAUGAAAUUUUCUCAUGCUGAAGCGAGGGAGUCCCAGAAGCUGCUGGGCCAAUUCUUUGCAGGAAUAUGAUUAAUUUAUCGAUUUUUAUCAGUUUUUAUCUGUUUCCUAUUUAUAAGGCUUAUUUAUGAUACAUAUUUAAUGUUAAUAUUGUGCCAACAUAUAUUUAAAACUUGCCUGGUUUC